AAUUGGCGAUUUCUCCUGAUUUCCAUGUUCCUCCUCCAGAUUCUACCACUGCUGCCAUCAUAGUAGCCCUCAGUAUCCUCACCCACCCAGAAGGUAGAAGAAAGAGUGCUUCAUGACUUCCUAAGGAGAGAGAUGUUUUAUUUAGUGUUUAUGUACAAAAUUCAUAUCCUGCCUUUUUGCCCUCAUUAGGGCCACCAAGGCAGCUAACAGGUAAACUCAGAUAUGCAAACAACAGCAAUUAUAAAAAUGAUGUGAUGAUCAGAAAAGAAGCAUAUGUCCACAAGAGUGUGAUGGAAGAGUUAAAGCGGAUAAUUGAUGACAGUGAAAUUACAAAAGAAGAUGAUGCGUUAUGGCCACCACCUGACAGAGUUGGACGGCAGGAGCUUGAGAUUGUGAUUGGUGAUGAACACAUAUCAUUUACUACAUCAAAAAUUGGUUCUCUCAUUGAUGUAAAUCAGUCCAAGGAUCCAGAGGGUCUAAGAGUAUUUUACUACCUUGUCCAGGACCUCAAGUGUCUAGUCUUCAGUCUUAUUGGAUUGCACUUCAAAAUUAAGCCAAUUUAAAUUGUAUGGUCAAAUUUGUACUGUAAAAAUUUCCUGUCAUUCCUUAUGUCUUCUAUUAAAUGACUUUUGUGUA